AUGAUAGUUUCGUUACAGUAUGUUGGCUCACGUUUGGUGCUGGCUCGAUUGGAUGGGUCCAUAGAAUUCUUGGAACUGUCACUGACUACAGAGAGGGUACCUCUUCCUAUGUUACUCGAUAUAAAUCUGAAAGCUUUCGCUUGGAAGCCUACUCGAGUAACGUCUAUUGUGCUUCUCAACGUCAUUCGUGCUCAUCAGAAACCGAUUUCUCACUUGGAAGCUUCAUCGCUGGUAGCGGUUUCAGCCAGCUAUGAUCAUACACUCAAAGUGUUCGACCUUCGUACCUGCCAACUACAGUCGAUGCUGCAUGCUCAUAGUGGACCGGUGACAGCCGUGUGCAUCGACCAUGCUUCCAGCACGUUAUUCUCUGGCUGUGAGCAAGGCAUAAUCUGCUGGUGGAAUUUGACUACUGGAGAACUUCUUCGGUCGCUUGAUGUCAAGUGUAUAGGUGUGGUAGCUUACGUUAAUUCAGUAGCCUUACAAGUCCACUAA